AAGACGUGUGUUCAAGAAACGCUUGGGAGCUAUUUGAAAUGUUGACACAGGAGAGAGAGAGAGAUCGAUGGGUACAAGGCAUGAAAGGUGCUGCGGGGCGGAACGAUGCUGCGCGCGUACAAAUGGAGAAAUGGAGGAAUGGAGAUCGAAUGCAUGUAGAGAUGCGAGAGAUGUAGAGGACUCAGAUGAAUAUGUACGUCAUAAAUAAAAAAUCUCAAAGAUCGAAGGAGUAUCGCCACGCCAUCUUGCUUUAGCAGUCUGGAGAAUUUCAGUUGAUGCGGAGGGCAGAACUGAAGAUCUGAUCUGCUUGCGCAUGGAGGUGGGAUUGAGAGUUUGAUGUGUUGUGUGAAUGAGAGACGAUUUCUGUGCUGUGGAAAUUUGGGAGUUCGACGUGUUCACAUGGAGAAAAAGAUUUACAGGGAGGAUCACGAGGAACAGCCCUUUGAUAUGGAGGAUUCUCUGAUCUUUACAGCCCGUCAAAACAUCGUGUUGGAGAUGAAGAGGAGUCCCAUCAAGCGGUACUCGGCGCUGUUUUCUGUUCUUCUGGUCUUCAGUUUUGCGUCUACUGCUACACGUCUGCGGCACGUCGUUUUACCUUCACUUCGUUUGUGUGAAGGAUUUCUACCCAACUCCCGCUUGUGUUCAGAUACUGCGCGGCUGCUCACGGGACAUCGGAGUGAGACAUACUGGUGCGAUCGCUCCGAUAAUCGAACAGAUAUAUGUUACAUACAUGGCGAUGUUCAUUUAUAUCCUGGCAUUGCAGGACAGAAAGUUUCGGUACAUCUCUUUUCAAACGACGAUUCAACUUGGCACGGAGAAGAACAAAUUCAACCGUACACCCGCAAGUAUGAUCCAGCAACCAUGGACACAGUGGACCCUGUCGUUCUCAAGAGCAAGUAUACAGAGUUUUUUCAUCCUGUUGAGUCGGUCUGUGACAUUGUUCAUUCUGUUCCUCUCAUACUGUUUUCUGCCGGCGGCUAUACUGGGAAUCCUUAUCAUGACUUUCAAGAUGUGCUUGUGCCCAUGUUCAUAACGUCCAAACCUUACAAUGGCGAGGUGGUUUUCGGCAUCACCCAAGCGAGAGACUGGUGGCUAGAAAAGUUCAGCCCUCUGUUGAGGCAAAUGACUAAGUACGAAAUUAUUGACAUGAACCAGAACAAAAAGGUUCAUUGCUUUCCAGACGCAACCAUCGGCCUUCGUUUGCAUGGAGAGUUGAAAGUGGAUCCAGCCCACAUGCCACACAAUGAGACUAUGAAAGAUUUUCAAGAUAUGGUGCACCGAGCUUAUGGGGACUGCCCCAGCCACAAACAUCUAGCGGAAGCAAAAGCAAGCAGCAGAUGUGCAAACUACUCAUUAAAAGGUAGUGACUGCAAGCUAAAGCUAGUCAUACUCGCUCGGAAUCAAACACGAAUGAUUCUGAAUCAAGCGCAGGUAGCAAGUUUCGCACAAAGAGAAGGCUUUGAUGUGCAAGUGCUAAAUCCAUGGGGAGGUACAAACUUAAGGACACUCUACAAGGUGAUAAACGGAGCCGAUGUGAUGAUGGGCGUCCAUGGUGCGGCUUUAACUCAUAUGGUGUUCAUGCGACCACGGUCGGUUCUCAUCCAAAUCGUGCCGCUAGGUACAGACUGGCCCUCCCGUACAUAUUACCAGGAGCCGGCUAUCAACAGCUUGCAUCUGCAGUACUUAGAGUAUCGAAUAACUCCUGAUGAGAGCACACUCAGUCGCACCUACAGCCGGGACCAUCCUGCUGUGACCGAUCCAGAGGCAGUCAUUGCGAAGAACUGGGAGACUCGUAAGAAGAUCUACAUGCAAGGACAAGAUGUGCGCUUGUCGUUGCAGAAGCUCAAAAUGGUGCUGCAUGAGGCUAAACGCUUAGCUUCGAUGUCGAUGAGUUGAUGGAUAGCAGUUGGUGGCAGUGGUGUCUAAGACUGUUACAAAUUUCCUGUAAUUCAAAGCUUCAGUAUCCAGCGCUAAUCAUUCAAUCCAGCAGGGCUUACAAGCUAGAUGUCACGACGGAAUUACGUGUUGUUAUUAAGAGAUUUUAUCAAAUACUAGACCUCUCAGAAAGGUUUGAAUUAUAAGACUCAUAGAUAACUUAAUUUUGUAUAUAAUGACCACGAGAUUUUUUUUCAGAUAUACGAUGCUUGGCUUCGUAACAAGUCUCUAUCUGGACCUUAUCAGCUGAGAAA